AGGAAAAGAGAGAGAGAGAGAGUAAAAGCAGCGUGUCGCACGCAGAAGGGCCAGCCGGAACGCGGAGGCUCAAAAAAAGCAUGCGCGCUCGACUCGAAAAGCAGCUUUGAAUAUAACCCUUUUAUCACUUUAUAUACAAACAUGGCAGAAUUCACUGGUAAAGCCAUUAUCGUCCAACGCGAGCCAUGGUAUAAAAACCCAACGUUUUUGUGGGCUUUAAAGUCGACCGCAAUCAACUUUAUACUUCCAUUCUUUAACGGUGUCAUGCUUGGCUUUGGUGAAAUUCUGGCCAAUGAGCUGGUGUUCAAGUACGGCUGGUUCGGAUUCUCGCGCGUGUCGUCGCCCGCUACUGCACUUGGACUUGGCCCUGGCAUUCCACCAAGCGCAACUGCCGAAUACAAAAAGACGCUGCAAGCUGAUAGCAGACGGUUAGAGAAGCUCAGGGGCGAGUAAAAAAAAGGAUACAUCUUGUAUAAGGAACGAACAUGCCAACUUUAUCACCGUUGUUCCACCUCACAAAAAAAGUCAUGUACCCAAAACAACGAGUCUAUGUGUAUACACUGUUAUUACUAUCCGAAAUAGAAGAACCAACACCAUUUU